AUGUCUAAGCCCGAUGAAAUUCCAGCGCUCUCAUACAUUCUCGAGCCAGCAUUGGUUGCUUCAUUACUUACAGCAGGGUGUCUGAUCAACAAAAGAAGAUCAACGGAUAUAGUACAAGCUCAUAAUGUGUUGGGAGUUUCGCUGUUCAGCCCUUCUAUGGACAAUUCAUGGAAUUGGAAAGAAAUGAAAUUCUUCUUUUGGAUCGUGAAGGUACCCAAUAACGAAAAGUUUAGAAUGAGUUUAUUUAGUAGAUUUCUGGGGAUGUUCCCUUUCAUAAUGGAAGUUUGGUAUUGGCUAUUAACUUACUGGAUAUAUCAAAUUGCUAGAGCGAUUCAAGCUUUAACGAUGGGAAAUGACUUUCGUGUAUUAGCAGAAAGACAUGCAAGACAGAUCAUAUCUAUUCAAGAAUUUCUUAAGAUAGAUAUUGAAUUAGGUCUACAGCGGUUCGUUCUGGAUAAACCAUGGUUAUUGACUUUUUUCAAUAAAACAUACGCUAUGGUCCACAUUCCAGCUACUAUAGCAUUCAUGGUUUAUUCAUAUAGAUAUUUCUCUCCUGGGAUUUUCCAAUCUACAAGAAGGACUUUGGUUCUAUGUAAUUGCCUGGCUUUUAUCGUAUUUUCGAGCUGGCCUUGUAUGCCUCCUAGAUUAUUACCUUUUGAGGAAUUCGGUUAUAUCGACACUUUACAUACUGGAAAGGCGGCAAGUAUUUGGACAACUAACAAGUUUCAAAACCAACUGGCCGCUUUCCCAUCUCUUCAUUUUGGAUACAGUUUCGUCAUCGGUCUCUCGUUAUUUGUUUAUUCGCCACAUCGAGUUGUCCGAGCCAUUUCGCUCCUUUAUCCAUUACUCAUUCUCCUAGUGAUAAUGGCAACUGCCAAUCAUUACUUGCUUGAUGCGGUUGGAGGUUUCUUCGUGACAGUAGUGGCAUAUAGGAUCAACCGAUUAGUGUUGAAUUUGAGACCUAUCGAAGAGUGGUUAUUUUGGUUGUUAAGAACCGAAAGACCAAUGGAUAAAGUACAAUUCGAUUCAGUGAUUCGUGGUGGUCAUAUCAUCACUGCCACUCACAGGGAUAUGUCAGAAAGACCACUAAUGUUAGGCAGUCCAGAGUAG